AUGAUCAGGAGACCUUCAGUCACAAGAUCUGCCCUGAGUCAGACUAAGGUACUCGAUAACCUGGUGACACACCCCAAUUCUUCAUUGUACCCUCCAAAGGCUGGUGCUCCAGCCAAGACUGUCAACUUCUGGAUGACUGGUGCCAAUGUAUCCAAAGUCUCUGCUGAUAGGCCACCCUCCUAG